AUGGUGACUUGUCUUACAGAACCUAAAGAGGGCAGCAUAUGUUCUCGAUUUUCUUUCGGCGUCAAGGAUCAAGCCGGAGCAUCCAUGGUUUCGGCAUGCAAAUACUUUCCUGGCCGAAUAUAUGUGGCCGACACCGACAAAAACGAACAUAUUUCAUUCGAAGGCCUUGAAGUAGCUGGAUCAAUUGAAUAUCAAUUUUGGGGGCCCCCUUUCCGGAGCGUGUCUUCUUCGACGCUUCGGUUUAUAGCAAACAACUUGACGAUUGCUAACGUCGAUAUACCGAACUCGUGGAGUUUUCCUCGGCUGGAGUCAAUACACACGUUGGACCUCAGAAACAUAUCCUCUCCGUUAAAGAUCGGAUUCUCAGAAAAGGUUGUGGUGGGCCACGUUAAUAUCGAUGAUGUACAAUUCGCGUCAGGUUUGCUGCCGAAUAUGGACACUGUAAAUUCUCUUCGAGUAAUUAGCAAUCCAGGCCUCAAGCUGGUUGAUUUAUCAAAUACAAGCCAUUUUCAUAUUCAAGCUCCACCCUCCGACUUCUCAUUGCAAGUCUACUCUUCUGCAAAAAGCUUUCUGUCAGGGGAAAUCUACGGGGCUGCUGGGGUGCACAUGCCAGCUGUAGAGUUUUGUGGCAGGCUAACUUUGGCAUCUAACCACUUCUCGUCAUAUUCGGCUCUGAAACUUGAGUAUGUCCAAGGAAAUUUCGAAAUUACUGGCAACGACAAUUUGCGGUCAGUAUCUCUACCACUUCUGCAACGUGUUGCAGUAUUGGAGUAUAGCGCAAGUUUUUAUAGCAGCAACAACACACCUAUUGGUAAUUCAUCGCUUAAAGUCACAGGAAACAGAAACUUGCAGAAUAUUUCUAUGCCAGCCUUAAUACAUGUCGAUAAAGAUCUAGAGAUCUCGGGUAGCAAAGACUUGACGCAUGUCAAUUUAACGAGUUUGGCGGAAAUUCGUGGUCGACUGGCUGUGAUGAAUGGCACUUUCACAAAAAUACCUUUGCCUUCUUUGAAGAUUUUGUCUCCCUCGCUUCUUGGCGCGAUGAAAAAUGGUACUUGGAAUUGUAGUCGCAUACCAUCAGAGCUUGGAUCCAUCGAUACUCCUGGGGGAAGUCUUGGAUGUCUUGAUUUCAGCCCCAGGACUAGAUAUGCACCUGUCUUGGAAAACAUUGGCUCGAAACAUGGCUCUUCGUCUAUCUUCGUCGCACCUUCCAUAAUAUUUGGAAUUCUGGUAGUUAUCUGCAUUAUAAUAUCCGUCAAAAACUGUAUGAGAUCUGUUUUCGUUUUCGAAUCCACAAAACCGAUGUCAUUCAAUAUUCUAUCCAGUCAUCGUACCAAUAUUGAAAAUAUGCCCGAACUCAUGACCGUGGAACGGCCGGUUGAAUUAUCAGACCCAUGGCAAGAGAUCUAUGAGCUUGAGGCCACGGAGUACCACGAGUUAGACUCAUUGCCCAUAAAUCCAACGUCGAUGGAAACGAGCUAUUUGGUAAUUCAGAAUCUAUUUUUGAAUGACUAG